UGAUUCAAAAGCUGUUCCUACCCCACAUCUCCUUUCUUUCACUCUUCGUUUUUCAGAACUUUUCUUCUUUCUCUUUCACACAGAAAUAGUUGAUCUCAAGAAUCAUUCUAGAUACCAUCCAAGAUGUCUCUCGCAAAGCACGUCGAUCCUGAUGAGAUCAUCAGUGGCCUCCAAAAGAUGCAGAUGAAUGAAGGAGGUCAUAAUCAUGCUCACACGAAAGGCGGAACCUCACACAUUACACCCUACAGCACUCGCUAUGCAUCCAAGCAAGAAAUCUCCAAAUUCAUUAUCCCACAAGAAGGAGCUCCAGCAGAUGCAGUUCACCAAAUGCUCAAAGAUGAGCUGGAUCUUGAUGGCAGACCAAACUUGAAUCUCGCCAGUUUCGUAGGAACAUACAUGGAAACCCACGCCGAACAACUCAUGUUCGAAAACAUCUCCAAGAACAUGUCCGACGCAGACGAAUACCCCGCCAUGAUGCAAAUGCACGCCCGCUGCGUCUCCAUCAUCUCCCACCUGUGGGGCGUCCAAAAAGGCGAGAAAGCAAUCGGAUCCGCCACCACCGGCUCCUCAGAAGCCAUCCACCUCGGCGGUCUCGCCAUGAAGCGCCGCUGGCAAGAGAAGAGAACGGCAGCAGGAAAAGACACCUCGAAACCCAACAUAAUCAUGGGCUCCAACGCGCAAGUCGCCCUCGAGAAAUUCGCCCGCUACUUCGAAGUCGAAGCACGCAUCCUGCCCGUGACCCAAAAAUCCAACUACCGCCUCGACCCCGAGCUCGUCAAGCAGAACAUCGACGAGAACACCAUCGGCAUCUUCGUCAUCCUCGGCUCCACCUACACGGGCCACUACGAGCCCGUCGAAGAAAUCUCCCAGAUCCUGGACGCCUACGAGGCGGAAACCGGCGUCGAUAUCCCCAUCCACGUUGACGCCGCGUCCGGCGGUUUCGUGGCCCCUUUCACGCACGCGAAGGCCGGGGGCCCGAAAUGGAACUUCGAGCUACCCCGCGUGAAAUCGAUCAACACGUCCGGCCACAAAUUCGGGCUGGUCUACGCGGGCGUCGGAUGGAUCAUCUGGCGGGACGAAACGCUUCUGCCCAAGCACCUAGUCUUCGAACUGCAUUACUUGGGCGGAACAGAGGAAUCAUAUACCCUCAAUUUCUCGCGGCCAGGAGCGCAGGUCAUUGCGCAGUACUACAACCUGAUCCAUCUGGGUUUCAGCGGCUACCGCCAAAUAAUGGAAAACUGCAUGUCGAACGCGCGCCUACUAUCCAAAUCCCUCGAAGCUACGGGGUGGUACACCUGCAUUUCCGACAUCCACCGCAAGAAAGGCGUCUUCACAUUCCCCGGCGUCUCCGCCGCUGUCUUCAGCAAAGAGAACGAGACGUCCGCUGAUUACAACGCCGGGUUGCCCGUCGUCGCAUUCCGCUUCUCGGAUGAAUUUAAGCAAGAAUUCCCGCACAUCAAGCAAGUGGACGUGAGCAACCUGAUGCGAGCCAAGCAGUACAUCAUCCCGAACUACCCGCUGCCGCCGGAUGAGGAGAGCACGGAGAUCUUGAGGGUGGUGGUGCGGGAGAGUAUGUCGUUUGAUUUGUUGGAUCGGUUGAUUUCGGAUCUUUGUGCUACGACGCAGGGGCUUAUUGAUAACGAUAAAGGAGACCUCUCCAUCCUCGGCGGGGCAAGGGAUAACAGCGCCGAGAAGAAACACUCGAGCACGGGCUCUCAGCCUCAUAGUAAGGGCCAAGGACACGGUGGCAAGAGACCGAUGACUGAGGGUGUUCAUCGUGCUGUUUGCUAGAGCGUUGUGGCGUUGAACCGAUGCUAUGAGAGGAAUUUGGGGGAGGAGAGGAGGGAAGCGAAGUAUCCAAGAACAAAAAGCAAUGCCAGAUAUUCCCCAAUUACCUACCUAUGUUCUGCCAUUCUUCUUCUUGCCUCCUUUUCUUCAAUGCCUGCCGAACUUAUCAGAG